AUGCAACCGGUCAACUCUGGUCUUCUCUCGAGAAAUGAAAAACUGACUGGUUCAACUCAUUUCGUAUUCGUCUCAUCUCAUUUGCUUGUUCGAUCUGUUGGAGAAAUGCAAGGUUGGUCGAACAAAUAUAAUUUAUAUCACAACGAGGGAAGGAGAUUCGGAGUUAUUAGGGAAAGACUACGCAGACUUCUAGUUUUGGUUAUAAGGCACCGUAGCUCUGCAUGA